GGCCCCGAGACGCAUUUGGGAAGCUUCCGGAGCGCCGCCAUGGUUUGGUUCCAGUGCGACGACUGCGGCGCGGACCUCAAGAAGCCCAAGCUCGCCGGGCACUUCCGCUCGUGCUCCGCCUACAAGCUUUCCUGCAUCGACUGCGGCGCGGUCUUCAGCCAGGACACCGUCCAGGGGCACACCCAGUGCAUCUCCGAGGCCGAGAAGUACGGUCCCAAGGGACAGAACAAGCUAUCCAGUAGUGCACAGGGAAAGCCGGACAAGCCAAAGCCAAAUGCCGAUGUUGAUAUCAAUGUUGGGCUGUCAACACGCCCUCCUUGGUUCUGCAGCCUAUGCAAUACAACUACCACUAGCAAGCAAACUCUUUUGGGGCAUGCUGAUGGCAGGAAACAUAGAGCAAAAGCAAAAGCCUACCAUGCUUCUCAGAAGCAAGAAAAUGGAUCUGAACAAACUCCAGAUGACAAGGAAACUGGUGGAGCACCAACGAUGGAGCCUCCACAACUAAAUGAAGUGAAGGGCGCAGACAGUGAAAAAGAUGUUGACAAAGAUGCUGUGAAAAGAAAGAGAGCAGAUAGUAUAGCCUUGGAGGAGCCAGAUAAUGCCAAAAGACAGAAUUUGUUGAACUUGAAAACUGGAGAGGUUAUACAAUCUGAAAAAGGAGAACUUAAAACAAAGAGCAAGAGUGCUGCAGAUGAAGUAGUCAAUGGGGCCAACCAUGAAGACACUAAAAAGCAGAAAAUAAAAUGGAAGAAAAUUAUUACUAAGAUACUUGAGACAAAUUCAGAUGGAGUUAUGAAGUUAAAGAAGCUACAAAAGCUAGUUCUCAAGGAACUGUUCGAAUGUGGUUAUUCCGAAGAUAAGGAGCAGCUCCAUGCUCUGUUGACGGAGAAGAUAGCUUCAAGUUCCAGGUUUUCUGUGGAUGGCAAGAACAUCAGAUUGGUGUCCAAGAACGAGGAGUCGUAGUCCUUGAUGUUUCUGUGCCUUUCUAUGUUCUAUUUAUGAGGGUAGUAUUUGUUAUAUUGAGAGAUGUCAAUUUUUGUUUUAUUGAAUGGUGCCGAUAUCAUCUAAAUGAUCCAGAGAAAACCAUUGAAGAUACACAAAUUUUGUUACUGAUUUUUUGGUACUGUGGCGCCAACUGCCAUCUUGUAGCUCCAGAAAAUUGUCCUGUAAUACUUGGCGAGGCCACUUCUCUGUGCAAAUUGACAACUAUAUGUGCAAUCAUGUUGUGAUAA